AAGCGAAGAGUGGUAGCGGGUAGGAGCGAAAUGCUCUUUCGUCUGUGCCCCAUGCAAAUCAUGUUCGUAAUGAUAUAAUGAGAAGCCUUUCGGAGAUUUUCUCGCCUUUCCGACCUCACCACUAAUAUGGGUUUAUUUGAAGGAUAUUUUGGAUCUUAAGUAGCUAUCGCGUAAACAAGUGUUGAAUAAUAGCAAAUCAUUUCAGAAGGCUCGGUGGCCACCUGAGUUUCGCGUUGUUGAGCGGAAGCAGUUAAACUUCGGAUAGCUAUCAGGAUACUUGAUUUGCGGAUUGAUAUCACGAUUGGAUUAUGCCAAAGGAAUUAUUUAUGGAAAUGAUACAUACCUGAUGAUUACGAAUAUUCUUGUGUCUUCGGAAGUUCAAUGGCAUAGUGAAUCAGUCUCCUUUAUCUUGGAAAUAAUUGUCUGGAAUAUACCCGCACUGUAUGUGCUGAUUUGACCGGGAACCGUUCGACAUUGCCAUAAGUGAGCGCGUUAUUGAUUUCUUCUGAGUUCGCUUCAUUACAGAUGCUCUUUCUCAUCAUAGGAGGACCCCUCGAAUGGACUCAUUCUGGGCACGUGCCUACACACUGCCACCACCUUUAUGGAUCCAUAAAACCAUCUCGGUAUAUAACCAUUCCGAUCGAUACCAACUAAUUAUAUCGCGCGUGAGAAACGUGUGUUCGCAGCUGCCUACAGGUCACCCCAGCAAGUCAAACCUUGCUUGGGAUUUCUUUUGGAGUCGCACCAUCGGAGUAAAUACUGAGAUGAUGAUCGUAUCUUAGAUAUCAUAUCGCCAUUGAGACACGCUAGUUGUGAUCGAUUGAUUUUUAUUAAUGGAAUGUGAGUCCUCAAGGUCUUCAGGUGCCUGAUCUUCAAGAUUGUUUGCGUUUUUAAAAUUAUUUUGUGGAUGAUUCAAGGUGUUGUUACUUCAUCACUUUAGCCUUUUCUUGCGCACCGGUAAUGUUAAUAUGACACUUGAUGAAUUUCUUUUACUGCGUACCGUGGAGGUUUCUUCGCAACGUGUAUGAUACCGUGCGAAUCUGCAUGCUAGAUGUGGCUCAAGUUGACCUGAGAACCCAAAGCCUCGCAGAGAAAUCUGAAACAGACAUGGAGGUCAAAAAGUCCGAAGAAGACUUAGAUGUCAUGAAACCAAAACAGAUUGAAGUAUGGCUUGAUGCACACCGUGAAUGGUUCGAAAACUACUUCUUGAAGGGCGCAAACAGAGACUUGGUUGAGAGGUGGCUUGACUUACACAAAAACGAAGAUACGUCUUCGCCACCUAGCUCGUCUAGUCCGACGAAUACACCAAGUCCAAACUCUCCAGGUCCUAUUACCAAUCAACCAAUACAACCGAUACAUCCACUCUCUCCUCACACUAAGAGAAGAGUGACAUUGUCCGAACCAGAAGAUAAAUCCGAGAGCAAUUCAUCGGAUGAAGGGAUUGCGAACAUCCCUGUGAGACCCCGAUCAGGGUCAAGGCAAUACCUAAGACAGGACUUUGCAAAAGCGCGCUCUAAGACUGUAUUUAGCACGUGGGCUGCUGGAACUGGUGCGCGUGAAAGUUCUAUGCAAUUAGAUUCGGAGCCGUUGUCGCCGAAAGAGAGAGCCAUGGGUGAAGGCCCUGGCAAAGGCUUCACAGGCCGGAGGAGGUUACGCCGAGCUUCGACGGUGCCACCACCUCAAAACUUUGCAAGUACUCUGAGUUCUUUGCUGGAACCUCGGGUACGGUUACCGCAUCGCACUAGCAUAACCCACGAGGCCAAGCUUCAGCUACGAUCAGCAAACGAACGCGAGUUUUUCCUGGCCCUCGUCAAAGACAUCUCGCAUGAUCUAGAUUUGAACAGCCUCCGUGGUAAGAUUCUCUCUAACGUGAGUAUUCUCGUGGACGCCGAACGCGUGGAACUGUUCUUGUUAGAAGGACCUAAAGGGAAGGAAGUACUAGUAUCAAAGAAACGUGAUCUCUCGCCGGGAGCUCCUACACAUCGCCCUACAGAUUGGCUACUUGGAUUUGGAAAGACGGAUCAAGAAGGAUCUAUUACUGUCAAGGUUGGCGAGAGCUUGGUUGGAAAGGUUGCAGAGACCGGCCGCGCGGUCAAGAUAUCGAGUCCUGUUGAGGCUCGUCCCACAACUUGUGAAAACUGUGCAAACUUCUCCCCAAACUGUCACGUGCGAAUCAUGAAAUACGGCUCAUACCUUCCGGAACCGCCAUGUUUGAAUGACGUACAACCAAAUCUUGGGUCCAGGGCGGAAUCGCUGCUAUGUCUGCCUAUUAGGAACAGUGAGGAUGACGUCAUCGGUGUAGCAUUGGUGAUCAAUAAAGUUACAGGAGCGACGUUUUCCCCAGAUGACGAAAAGCUCUUAGAGACAUAUCUGACGUUCUGUGGAAUAGGGAUCAGCAAUGCGAUGCUCUUUGAUACAUACAUGAAGGAGUAUGACAGAAAUAGGAAACUCUUGGAGGUUGCCCAUGACCUGUUUGAAGAGCAGACAAGUUUAGACAACGUUGUUCAGAAAACGAUGCAGAGGGCCCAGUCAUUACUCAAGUGUGAACGCUGCUCAGUAAUGAUCAUCAAAGAUCCAUCAGCCGAGACAAUCACGUUUUCAAAGGUGUUCGAUCUCACUGGGUCAACUUCAAACGGUCACACGAAUCCGACCUUCGCAUCGGGGGACAUCAAAUUAUCCAAUGGCAUCAUUGAACAAGUGGCAAUAAGUGGGGAACGUGCUAACAUCAGUGAUGCACAGAAUGAUCCAAGGAUUGACAAAGAGUUAGACAAGGCGAUAGGCUUCCAAACCAAGUCACUACUAUGCAUGCCCAUUCGAGAUAACAAGUGCCAGACGAUAGGUGUCGCCCAGGUUCUGAAUAGGACAGAUGGAUUCCCAUUCGAUGAGAACGAUGAACAGCUAUUUGAGGCAUUCACGAUAUUCUGUGGUCUGGGUAUCAAUAAUACUAUCAUGUUCAACGAGGUGACCAAGGCAAUGGCAAAGCAACAGGUUGCAUUAGAAGUUCUCUCAUAUCACGCCUGUACCACGAAACAAGAGGUCAGAGCUUUAAAGGAUGCACGUCUUCCAGAUAUCAAGAAGCUUAAGCUGGUUCGGUUCGAUUUCGAUGACUUCUCAUUGGAGGCAGACGAGAUGUUAAAAGCAUCUCUCAAGAUGUACAUCCAGACAGGCUUUCUCGAUAAAUUCAAGAUUAGUCAAGAUGUGUUAAGUCGGUGGUUGUUGACGGUGCGGAAGAAUUACAGACCUGUUGCAUACCACAACUUCAGACAUGCCUUCAACGUUCAACAGGUCAUGUUCGCCAUAUUGCAGAAUACUGGCGUAGCGAAGUACCUGACUGAUAUCGAACAGUUAACACUCCUCGUUGGUUGUCUGUGCCACGACCUGGAUCAUAGAGGGACGAAUAAUGCUUACCAAGAAAAGUCACAAUCGCCCCUAGCACAGUUGUAUGGUUCAAAGGCUACCAUGGAAUAUCAUCACUUCAAUCAUGCAGUCAUGAUCCUUAGUAGCCAGGGUCAUAACAUCUUCGGGAACCUGUCAUCUGAGCAAUACAGCGAGGCAAUGAAUAUUCUCAAGCAUUCAAUAAUCUCAACUGACCUCGCUCUUCACUUCAGUAAGUUUUCUCUUAUCCCCUCCAACAUGCUCAGGGUCGCCAAAUUAAAACAGAACAACCUCGUGUAUCUUUCUCAUUUCACCCAUAGUGCCUUGUUCCUUGAAAAGGUAUAGGUUUGAUGGCGUGCGAAGUUGUGCCCUGUAGUACGUUAGGUUUUUCAGACCGACUCGAUCACUAAAAUAUCCGUAAAUUUAUGAAAACUUGUACAGGGAACAAAAUAUUAUAUAUA